CUCAUUUAAGUUAAAUUCAUACAAGCGAAAAGGCAAAUCAGAGAGCACGGCAAUGAAUUUAUAAAAUAAAAGUUACGAGGCUUUUUCUAAGUGUACCUGCGCGAUUAAAUUCAUUUAUUGAAAAAUUUCGGUAUACGUGCGUAAAUGUGUGCCUACUGAAAGGCAAGAAUAUUUCAAACAAAGUCAAGUACGCAUAGCAAAGAAAACGCAGUUAUUUCUUCGCAUUCGAGAUUAUGAAUUUGCCUAAAAGUUUGCUUUGUGUUACAGAAAUCUUAUCCCUUAAAUUCAAUUCGCAUUUCCCGAUGAGUAUUAAAGAAGAGAAGAAAGCUUCGCCUUCUUCCAAUAUGGCAGUAGGUGUUAAAAUUCUCAAUGAUAAGAAGAAGAAAGUACCGUCACUUCAGUUGCCCUUUAUGACAUCCGUUCCGUCAGUACCGUUAUCGCCGCCUAAGCAGAUCACUUUGUCAAUUGCGAAGCCGAAGAAACCUGUGAGCAAGGAAAAGAAAAUGGAUCAUUAUUUAAUGCAAACGAUAAAAGGUGAAAAAAAUGCCGAAGGUGUUGAAGGUCCGGAAACUAUCGAUUUUAUUUUAACUGAUAACAAUGAAGAUGACGACGGCAGCGGAGGGAUUACUAAACCAAGUGGUGAGAUUACUGAAGAAUUACGCUUAACUGAUGAGGAAGAACACGAUGGAGUGCAAGGAGGAAAUGAAAAAACUGAAGAAAUUGUGGAACAUGUGUGUGGCAAAUGUUUCAAGACAUUCAGACGUUUAAGGGGUUUAAAAAAGCAUUUGGAUUAUUGUCGCUUUGAUAGCGGUUAUCAUUUGCGCAAAGCCGAAAUGCUUAAGAAUCUGGAGAAAAUAGAAAAAGAUGCCGUUAUUAUGGAGAAUAAAGACGUUUGCUUUUGCUGCGGCGAAAGCUAUGAUACUUAUCAUUUGGGUCAUAUAAACUGUCCAGACUGCCCCAAAUCCUUUAAAACGCAAAUGAGCUACGAACGCCACAUCUUCAUUACUCAUUCCGAAUUGAAUGAUCACCCCUGUUCGAUUUGCAACGCGAAAUUGCGCAGUGGGAACUUGUUGAUAUUGCAUGAGGAACAGCAUAAAAAUCGUGGCAAACCGUAUGCUUGUAAAAUUUGUGGUAAAGAUUUUACACGUUCCUAUCAUUUGCAUCGUCACCAGAAGUAUUCAUCUUGCUCGGCUAAUGAGAACGACUCGAUGAAGUGUAAAGUGUGCGAUAAAGCCUUUUAUCGUUUAGAUAAUUUACGAGCUCAUCUCAAACAACAUUUAGGUACGCAUGUCACAAAAAAGCCCGAAUACAUGUGUCCCAUUUGCAAGAAUUGUUUCUAUAGUUUAUCUACACUAAACAUUCAUACUCGCACUCAUACGGGAGAGCGUCCGUUCGAUUGUGAUUUGUGUGAGAAAAAGUUCCCAUCUUUAGUGGCCCUUAAAAAGCAUCGUCGUUAUCAUACCGGCGAAAAACCUUAUACAUGCUCUGUGUGCAAGCAAUCGUUUGCCGUUAAGGAAGUGCUAAACCGUCAUAUGAAACGUCAUACCGGUGAAAGGCCAUAUGUAUGCAAUGAAUGUGGAAAAAGUUUCAUACAAGGAGUGCAACUACGCAAUCACAGUAAAACUCAUUUACGUCCUUACGAAUGCAACAAAUGCCCCGAGAAGUUUAAAACCGAAAAACAAUUACAACGUCAUUUUAGGGAUCAUCAAGUUUUAAGUAAGCGCCGUGGGCGAUCAAAAUACCCUCAUAGAUGUGAGACUUGCAAAGUAUCGUUUAAAACUGAAAGUGAAUAUACUCAGCAUAUGAAAAAAGGCUCGCACUUAACUCCUGCUCAGAAACGAAAAAUUAAAAAUCGUACGGAUUGCGCGGUUUGUAAAAAAAAUUUUGACUCUGUACAGAGUUUACAAUUUCAUAUACUCAAAGUGCAUCAGGAAGAUCCGGAAAAUUUUGUUAAUGAAGAUCCUUUUCAACGGCCAACCGUUAGUAAUGAAUCAAAGCAAUGGGAGAGAGAAAAUGAUGAAGUUCCGCCACCAGCACCGAAAAUUAUAAAAAUCGAAAGUAAUGAUGAUAUACCACAUACUGAGAUUAUUCGAAUCGUGGAUACUAGUAUACCAAAUCUUGUAAGCAGCAAUCUUAAGACAUUUAAUGAUAAACAACCCAUAAUAAAAGCGGAUGAAGGAACAAUUGCUUCGUCCGAUAAAGUCCAAAUUUUGCAAGAAUUUGUAAUUCAUGACCAGCCAACCACAUCGUCGGUUGUCUCCGCCAAUACUGGACAAACCAUUAUACUAUCGAACGAAGCAUUUACGGUUAUACCUUUGGAAUCAGAUGGUGGUAUUAUUGAGCCUAUAACCACUCACACUUUGCCAAAUAGUGUAAUUGUACCGGCAUCCAUUAAAAAAUCUCAGAAAAAAUCGUUGGCAGAAAGUUUAGCUGCUGCCAUUGCUGAUAAUGAUGAAUUAACAACGUUUGCUGAAGAGGAUGAAGAGCUAAGCGAAGAUGACUAUAAACUCAAAGAUAAUGUUUAUAAACUACUCGAUAUGUUAGUGGAUAAUGUUACAUUGAAAAAAUUCGGUUGGCCUGAAACUACAGAGGAGAAAGUCCUAUGCAAGGUCAUUGAAAAUUGUGGUCACGAUUUAUCAAAAGAUCCUUACAAUUAUCAGGAGUGGGAUUACGGUACCCGGAUGCGCGAAUAUGUCAAGUUAUUGUUUACCGUGGUUAUACAUAACGACUCAAUCAAACAACUUUUAAAUAACUAUCCCAUUGAUGAGGUAAUUGAAUACGUUUUAGGCAACGAUGACGAUGACGAGGACGACGACGAUGAUGAUGAUGAGAACGAUGAUAAUACCAAUGAGAACAAAGAGGAGAAAAAAACAGACAAAUCUGCUAAUAGUUCGAAACAAAUUAACAAAACGGAUAAUAAUAAAACCGUAAAAAGCGAAAAAGAAAAAUUGAAAAACUAAAGUUAACUAAAAAAAAUUUCGAAAACUGACAAUAAUUUUUACCUUCAAAGUAAUCUGAACAAUUGAUGCUUGAUUUAUUAUACGUAAGACGUACUUUUGUAAAUUGAGUGUAUGAUAAGUAUUUUUAUAUAUCCUUUUUCUAAAAAUAAUGAGCAAUAAUUUCUAUUGCAGCGUUUGGAAAGACUUAUAACAGUUUAGAGAAUAAGCGGACAACACUAUCGUUAACAUGAAAUUUAUUUAACAUGAUGUACACAAUAAAGUACAUUUAAAAAAUUUAGAAGAACAGUUAAA